CCUUCGGGAGAAUUCUCUUCUUUUUGCCACAUACUGCAUCGUGGUUCCGGCUGGCUGCAACCUUGGGAGCCCUUGGCGAGGUCGGCUGGGCACCGGUGGAGGGGAUGUGACCUUUGGAGUAACCUGAUGUGAAGAGGCCACGGAACUAGGGUCUAGUCUUGCAGUGUGGUUCUGGUGGUACACGGCGGCUUCCGUCCCGCUACCCUGGAGCGGCGGUCGGUGUCUGGCGCUUUUUUUGGUUUUCACAGAGUGGAGGCUGGAGAGAGAGGACGGGGGAGAACCCUAGCGCCACGAGUCUUUUGGCUUAGCAGAGCCUCAGUUCCUAGCCACUGGCUUGUGGGGACAGCAGAAGCGCUGUGCGUCCACUCAGAAGCCUCCUUCCCAUGUGAAAGGGUCAUGGUGAUAACGACGGUUGGGUAGGAGGAUGUGUCUGGUAUCUAGAAAGAAGAUCAGUGCAGGAAUCCCCUCAUAAGUUUAUGCAUCUUUUUAGGAACGUCAAUAAGCAGUGGAUCACAUUUCAGCACUUCACCUUCCUCAAACGCAUGUAUGUCACGCAGCUGAACAGAAGCCUCAGCCAGCAAGUAAAGCCGAAGUCAGAACCAGUGGCGUCGCCUUUCCUUGAAAAAACGUCUUCGAGUCAAGCCAAAGCAGAAAUAUAUGAGAUGAAACCUUUUUCACCUUCUAGCCUGUCUUUGCUCAGAAAGCCAAAUGAAAAAGAGUUGCUCACAUUAGAAUCUGCCACAGUAAUUGAAGGCUCAGUAGAUGUGGGAAAAGAGACUAAAGAUGAAAAGCAGUGGAAGGAGAUGAAGCUGCAUGUGGAUGAGUUGCCAGGAAUUUUGGCUCGACUGUCCAAAAUCAAACUCACAGCUCUAGUUGUGGGCACCACCUCCGCUGGAUUUGCGUUGGCUCCGGGGCCUUUUGACUGGUCCUGUUUUCUGCUUGCUUCUGUGGGAACAGGCCUUGCAUCCUGUGCUGCCAACUCCAUCAAUCAGUUUUUUGAGGUGCCAUUUGAUUCAAACAUGAAUAGGACAAAGAACAGACCUCUGGUUCGUGGACAGAUCAGCCCGUUGCUCGCCGUGUCCUUCGCCACUUGCUGUGCUGUUCCGGGAGUGGCCCUUCUGACCUGGGGGGUGAACCCACUCACAGGAGCGCUGGGGCUCUUCAACAUCUUCCUGUACACCUGCUGCUACACCCCCCUGAAGCGGGUCAGCAUCGCCAACACGUGGGUCGGAGCCGUCGUCGGAGCCAUCCCUCCCGUCAUGGGCUGGACGGCAGCCACGGGCAGCCUCGACGCUGGAGCUUGCCUCUUGGGAGGAAUCCUGUACUCCUGGCAGUUUCCUCAUUUCAACGCACUCAGCUGGGGCCUCCGAGAGGACUACUCCCGAGGGGGCUACUGCAUGAUGUCCGUCACCCACCCGGCCUUGUGCCGGCGCGUCGCCCUGCGCCACUGCCUGGCCCUGAUCGGACUGUGCAUGGCAGCCCCCCUCCUGGAUGUUACCACGUGGACCUUCCCCGCCAUCUCGCUGCCCAUCAACCUGUAUAUUUCCUACCUCGGCUUCCGGUUCUACAUGGAUGCGGACCGGAAGAGUUCCAGGAGACUGUUCUUCUGCAGCCUCUGGCACCUGCCCUUGCUCCUGCUGCUCAUGCUCACCUGUAAGCAGCCACAGGGUGGGCAGAAUGACAGGGGAGAACCUCAGGGUUGAAAUCACAAUGGUAUCUGGGAAAAAACAAAAACAUACCAAGGGACGCACAACUUUUUCCCUUUGCGGUUAGGCAAAAAUAUUUUGGUAAUUCUGGAGCGGGAGAAUUACAAGAGUUUAGGGCAAGGUUGUAAAAUGAUUUGGUGGUUAAUGAUCAUGCAAUAGAUUUUUUUAAUGAUGAUACACAAAAUACUCCCCAAAUACGAAAUGGGUUAUAGCUCAGUAGAUUAACACAAAGAGAGAACGUUUUUCUCUUUGAAGGUCUUUACAUAUGUCUUCUCCAACGCCACCCCUAUUGGUUUUCUUCUUCCUCAUGUAGAUGGACAAGUGCGCCUCCCCCUGCCUGCCCCCACCCCACACAGCCCGCCUGCCUGCUGGGCCGUUCAGGGUGAGCACUCACACUCUGAAAUCUGUCGUUCUUCGGCGUCAGGUCCCUCGAGGACCAUGUCAGAGGACAUGCACACUGCUGGCUGCAGAACCCCCUUCCCUGUGAAUGGGCCAGGGCCCCCGGUUCCAGCUCUCUCUAACCUGUCCAAGUCCUCAACCUCAUAUUCCCUCCAGCAAUGAUAGAAUAUCAAGGAUGGGCAGUCGCAUGCCAUUCAGAAGAAGAAUUCCAAACGGUUGCCUAGGGAACCCCAGAUGGGACUGCCAGUCCCUGCCUGCCUGCUACACACUUCAGCAUUUCAAAAACUCCAGGGAAUCAAAGGCAUCUUAUAGUUCACGGUAAAAUACAGGAGGAGUCGGGAGCAUUGCUCUCUGGACGGGCAGAAGCCCCUCCGGCUCAGCUCCAUCACUGCCCGCUUUAGUCCUGUGCAGGGGUUCAGCCCUGCUUUGCUGCAUGGCUCGUCCAAGCCCGUCUGAGAAGGGGAAACCAGAAAAAGGUGAGCGGGACUACCCAGGCACAUAACUCAUGUUUUUGUCCCUUCAGUGAGAAACCCAUUUCCAUCCUGGCCUCUCUUCUGAAUUCAGAAAUUAGCCUCCACACAUCUGGUGGCUCCAAGAGCCAGAGCCCAAGUUGGACUCCUGGUGCGGCUCGGGAGCCGUGUGAGCUUCCCGGUAGCCCGGUGUGACUCGGUUCGCCUAUCGUUCCAUCGACCUUUCACGUACGCCCCCUUAUCCACUGUCCAGUCCCACUUGCCUGAAGGUCUUGAAGCUUAACAGAAUGUUUUGAUUACUCAGUCUCCCCGCAGGAAUUCAUUUGGAGGGUUUGAACGACAUUUAAGCAGUCGGUGCAGUAUGCCUGAUCUCUCAAAAAUUUCUAAAGCGACUGCAGAGAGCAUCCGAUCCCUGUUUCUCCUUCUCUGGAAUAUUACCUCUUUGCUGUGUCCAGGUUAUUUACUGUGGGGACGUGGCACAGGAGUCUCUGGAAAGAACAUGCACAACUUGUCGCUGCCCUGACACUUGUAAAAUGCUUCGGUUCUCUUUCUCUGCUGCAGUAAAGGAGC